ACAUCUCCCAUAAUCAUUUGAUUUGAAUCAAGAUUUUUCUCUUUCAUUAUAUUUUAUUUGCGAUUGAAUUUGGCCAAUGGUUUCGAUUUUAACAACAAGAUCAAAGAUUUUAUCCUUAUCAACAACAGCUACAACAACAAUAACAGCAUCGACAUCAUUAUUAUCAUUGUCCUCAAAUUUAUCAUCAUCAUCAUCAUCAUUUUCGUUGUUUAAUCCAUAUGAUUAUUUGAAUAAUAAUAUAGUAUUUAUAUUCAACCAAUAACAUACAUCGUCAUCAUCGUCAACAACGAGCAAGAACAAAAACAACAACAACAACAACAACGACAACAACAACAGCAAAAAUAUCGAAUCAAAAAUGAACAUUCUUGACAAACAAUCACCAACAGCAUCAUCGAUAACAACAUCGACAAUAACAACAACAACGACGACAACAUUGGCUUCAUCGGGAGCGGUAGCGGCAGCUUCUUCUUCUACAGCUACAUUAACAUCGGUUACAAAUAAUAAUAAUAAUAAUAAUAGUGGUCAACAAUUAUCAAAUAAUAAUAAUAGCAAUAAUAAUAAUAAUUCUGGCAAUAGCCAGAAUUGUGCCCCUGGAAAUGGCGGCAAUAAUCACAAUAAUAAUGUUAAUAAUAAUAAUAAUAACAAUGGUGGUGGAAAUGGAACAACACCAUUACAACCACCACCACUUCCACCAUUGUCACAAUGCUCAUCGGCUACCGGUGGAUGUAGUAGUGUUGGUCAGCCAUCAACUCCAUUAACACCAUCAUCAUCAUCAUCAUCACAAGAUUGUAUUUUAUCGAACAAUCAAUUAAUAUCAUCAAUGUCUAAGACUAGUGUCGGUAGUGGUGGUGGUGGUGGUGGUGGUCAACAAGGACCAUCAUCGGUAUCAUCUUCGUGUAGUGCACCACAUACACCAUUGGAUAGUUUACAAGCAUCUAUUAAUAGUCAAUCUGAUCCAUCAUCAAUAACGACAAAUAGUGGUAUACAACGACCAACAAAUGUAUCGACGCCAUCAUCUGUAUCAUUCACCAAUAAUAAUAAUACGAAUAGUGCACCAAGUACUCCUGCAUCAAUGAUUCAAGGUGGUGGUUGUCCACCAUCGGUUGGUUCACAGAAUAAUGAUAAUUUAUCAAUGACACCGAUGAUUGGUUCACCAUCGCUCAAUCAAUUAACACCAACGGGUGAAUAUACGCCAGUUUCAUCACAAUCACCAUUUGCAAAUAGCCAGCAACAACAACAACAACCAAACCAAACAAACAGUGCCAAUACAUCCACAACAUCAACACAACCAAAUUUAUUAUCAUCAUCACCAUUGAGUGUUCAUCAACAUCAACAACUAUCAUCUAAUUUAGAUAAUCAGAUCUGCAACAACACCAAUAAUAAUAAUAAUGGUAAAAACAAAACGAUAAAUAAUAAUGGUGCUGGCACCAAUGGUGGUAAUAGUAAUCCAAAUAAAAAACAUUGCAAUAAUCGAAAUAAUAAUAAUAAUGCAAACAACAACAAUCCGAAUGGACCGAAUAAUUUAAUGUCCAACAAUAAUAAUGGCAUUGGAAUUAUGGGAAUGGGUAAUAAUUUUCCAAUGAACCAACAACAACAACAACCACCACCGCCAAUGCAACCACCGCAUUCAUCACAAAUGUCAAUGAAUCCGAAUAGUUGUAUGGGAGGAAUGGCUCUAGGCCCUAACAAUAACAAUAACAACAUGUCCGGUAUGAUGAUGGGUUGCGGCAGUGUUGAUAAUAAAAAUCAAAUGAAUCAUUUUUCAUCAAUGACACCACCGCACAAUUCACUAUCAAACAACAAUCAAAUGCCUUGUGGUGGUAUGCCUAAUGGUAUGUCAUCAUCAUCCACUGGACCACCACCACCACCACCUGGUAUGGUAAAUGGUAGUAUUUCACCAUUUGAUGUUGAUUGUGGGCCAAAAACAAUGUCACAAUUUCCCAAAGAAUUUAGUCCCGAGUUAUGGGAUGGUUGUGGACCUCCACCACCUCGAAUGCCAUCUAAUUGUCAUCCAUCUAUGGGCGGUGGACCUCCGCCUAUGAAUAUGCCGCCGUCAAAUAUGAUGAAUGUCGGACCAAAUAAAAACAUGUGCAACAUGAAUCCUAAUAUGCUUCCAAACACAGGGCCUCCACCUCAUGCAUCGAACAUGAAGACACCACCGAUGGAUGGUGGAAUCGGUAAUAUCGGCGGUGGUGGUGGUGGCGGUGGUGGUGGCCAAUUCAUCCAACAACAAAAUCAGGUGUUUGUAUUCAAUACAAUGAUGGCCAACAAUGCUGCCGAUGCUGUCGAACAGAGACGUUUUCCUUCCAUCAUACACUUUCAUAUGAAUCAACCGAUAACUAAAAAAUUUAUGGAGAAAAAUUCCAUCAAGCUACAAAGUUUAAAUCGUCAGCCAAAUAAUUCAUGGAUGGCAGGCAACAUACGACAGCCAAGAAUACGUGGGCCCAAUGCAUCAACUAAUGGAAUGCCUCCGAUGCGAGGUAAUUUCGCUAGCACAACGAAUCCCCCUUGUUUCUCACCAUACAAUCAUAAUCCACCGCCUGGACCAGGUCCAGGAGGAGGCGGCGGUGGUGGCGGUGCUGGAUCUCCCGGACCUGGCCAAUGGAAUCCGAAUUGGCCACCAUCAGGACCACCACCCCCUAACAAUCACCAUCAUAUGUCCGGUAGUGGUAAUGUUCCUCCACCUUUUUCAAAUGAUAUGAAAAUGGGAUGUGGUGUCAAUCCAAUGAAUGCACCACCACCAAUGCGACAAUGUGGACCACCACCACCACCUCAACAGUACAAUAGUAACAACAGUGGCAGCAAUUUCAAUCCUCAAGGCUAUCCUAUGGGCUGUAAUGAAGAUGAUAAUCUUACACCGCAGCAAAAACAACAUCGUGAAAAUAAAUUGGCCAUAUUGGCAAAUAUACAGCAGAAAUUCUUACAACAGGAAGCAAAUCAAAAUCCUAAUAAUCGUCUAGGACCACCACCACCACCACAAAACGCUCAAUCACUCGGAUCGAAUCCGGAUCAUUUUGUACCUGGAAUGAUGGAUCCAAUGAUGACCUCAGGCAAUUCUAAUCAACAAUCGAUGAUGUAUCCACUUCAUCAUUCUCAUCCACCACCUCAUCAUCAUCAACAUCAUUCGGAUCCUCAAAUGUCAUUCAAACAAGAAAAUAUUGAUCCUCACAAUCAUACUAUGAAUCCACGUGGUCAUGCACCACCACCGGGAAUGAAUACGUCCGAUAUGAAUUUCAAUCCAAAUUUCUGUCCAAAUCCAAUGAUGAACAACAAUAGUAAUAAUGAUCCAUGGCUCAAAUCUGGUUCUGGUUCUAAUUUUCCUCCAAUGAUCGAUGAAACAAAACCAUUUACAUCGACAACGACGACAACCACAACGUCGAAUAGUCGACGGAAAGGAUCUCAGCAACAACAGAAUGCUAAUCAUUUAUCGCCCAUAUCACAACAAGGUCCGAUCAAUAGUCCAAAUCAAUCUUGUAUCAAUCAAAGCCCAAGCAAUCGUGUACCACCACCUCCUUACAAUCCAAGUUUACAUAGAUCAAUGUCCAGUCCACAUCCAGGAUCUCCAGCCGCAAUGUCACUACCAUCACCACGAAUGGCAUCCGAUUCUGGUAGACAAACAAAUUAUACGCCCGGAUCAGUUCGUUCAGGCCCAUCUACUCCUGUUGUUGUUGAUGGACCAUUGAUUAAUUCUCCUAAAUCAAAUUCUCGGGCCAAUUCUUCGCCUGGUAAUAGUAAAAAAGCUAAACAACAGCAACAACAACAACAACAGCAGCAGCAACAACAACAACAAACAAUAGAUAAUGAUCUUAAUAUGUUUGGUGCAAAAUCUGAACAUCCACUAAUGCCAGUUCCUUCUCCUCAACAAAUCGAUUAUAUCAAUACAUUCGAAGGUCAAGAAUUAACUAUACAAAAGCAACCUAAUGCUCAUUUCCAAGAAACGAACGAUAUGAUGGUCAGCGGUGGCGGUGGUGGCAAUGAUCUAUUGAAUAAUGAUCUAUUCGUCAAUGAUUUUAUGUGUGGACCAAAUCAGCAAUCCAAUAAUCCGCCUCCACCGAUGUCGAUGAAUAAUCCACGAUUUCCUUCUGGACCAUGUAAUUUUGAUUCCAGAUAUCAAGAUAAUAUGAGAUUCAAUGGUGGACCUAUGAUGGAUAAUUAUAAUAGGCCAUCACCACAUGGAAUGUGUGGUAGCCAAACUGGUGGCCCUCCUCAGUUCAACCCAAAUGAUCCAAACUCUAUUCGCUUUCCUAAUUGUGAUAUGAAAUCAUCAAGAAUGUCAGGCAGCAACGGCCCUGAUAUGGGCACAUUUCCUCCCCCAUCAAAUUCAAUGUGCGAUAUAGAUUUCGCCAAUUCCAUACCACCGAUCAAUGAUGGCAUGAGUGGUUCUUUUUCGAACGGAGGUGGUCCACCAGGGCCUGGUGGACCCAAUUUCAAUGAUUCUCCAUCCGUUGAUAAUAAUUCCAUUAAUUCGUUACAAAGUCUACAGAAAAUGGCACCACCAUUUGAAGUAACCGGACCGAAUUCAAAAUCUGGUCCAAUGGGCGUUGGUGCACCUACAGGCAUGAUGGCUCAACCAAAUCAGAUGAUGGGCCAGAAUCAAAAAGGUGGCCGAAUUCCAGGCAAUUAUGAUCAACCGUUCGGACCAGGUCCAGGAAUGAGUCAAAUUCCACCAUGUAGUGAUUUGAAUGAUUCUAAUAAUUAUGGUGGUCCACCACAUAUGGUUCAAUCAGCGAAUAUGCCUCCAAUGAAUUAUCCGCAAAAUAGUUUCUCUCAAUCACCAAAUCCAUCGAUGCCUUCGAAUAUGAUGCCUGGUAGUGAUCCUCAAUAUGGCGGUAGUAUGCAUUCAAGUAACGGACCAUUUUCACCAUUGCCAAUGAAUACACCAACGCAUUCAAUGGUCGAUCAAAAUUCAUCAAAUGGUCCUAGUCCUAUACCGCCAAUGAUGCAACCAGGUCCUGGAUCUCAAGGAAAUUUUGGACCACGAAUGCCACCAUCAUCCAACGUUAGUCGGCCAAUGAAUCCAUCGAAUAAUCAUGGUCAACGUUAUAAUUCACCUAAUAUUCAAGUAAAACCAGACGCACCGAACACGAUACAAUAUUUACCAUCAAGACCACAAGGACCGACGACAACACCACCUAAUCGUCCUCCGAAUCUAGAUUUUUUACAACAAUCACUAAAUAUGGGUAGUAAUAAAUCAUCUGGUCCACCUCCACCACCAAAUAGUUAUUAUCCACCUAAUAGUACUGGUUCGAUGGCACCAAAUCGUCCGAACAUGAAUUUCGGCGGACCUCGUGGUCCGUCAUUGAUGAGACCACAAAACAUGAACACGGCAGCUGGACCGCCUGUUUCAGGACCACCACCACAACCAGGUAACAUGUGUGCCGGUAAUGAUAUGAUGUUCAAUCGACCACCAGGUUCGGCUAAUCAUCAGAUGACAAAUGGUCCAAAUCGGAUGCCACCUCCACCUCCAAAUGCUAACUUUGGACCAAAUGGGCCUACACCUGGACCACCACCACCGGUAAAUGGUCCAAUUGCACCGCCAGGACAAAAACCUGGUGGUAAUAAUGGACCAGUACUACAUCCGGAUUCAUUUGAUAAAUUUGAUAAUGAUUCAGCGUAUGCACAACAAUAUCAUAAUUUUCAACAACAGCUAUAUGCAACGAAUACACGUAAUUCGGCAAAUAAUCCACGAAUGUCUUCAAAUUUUUAAAAUUGAAAAAUAACCAUCUCAAAUUUGUGUGUACAUAAGAUAAACAUAUGAACCAUUUUAUAUUGAUCUAAAAUGUUGAUUUAAAAAUCAACGACGAUAAUGAAAUUUAAAUUUUUUUUUUGCAUGAAGACAAUUCAAUGUGUAAAUAUAGAGAUUUUAUUAUCAAAAAGUACACACACACACACACACAGACGAAUAUUUGUAAAAAAAAGAAAAGAUUAUUGUCAACGAGUCAUCAUUUGGACAUCGAAACAUAUAAAACAAAACAAAACAAUACAAAAGAAGAAAAAUCUGAAUUCACAGCCUAUGAUGAUCUCUCCUAUUCCAGAAUUUAUAAUACAAUUAAUGAUACACAUUGGUGUUUUGAUACAUGACCUCGUUGAUGAAUUUUUAUGGCUGUCCUAAAUAAUUUUUUUUUCAUUUUUCAACACAACAAAAAAAACAUGUAUUUCGUGCUCAUCAUGCUCAUUACAAAUUUUAAAUUAUUAAUUAUUAAUAUUAUAUAUUGAUUGAUAUUGUUA